AUGCAAGACCCUGAGAACGCUCAUUCCUUGCAACGAAUCAUUCGCUUACGUCUGUGCAUGUUCCUAAAUCUGAUUUUAGGGCAAGGGCUGAUGUACGACGCACCCCUGGCGAAGCACCCCAGCCAUCACGACGCAGAGACCAAUCCUCUCUCUCAUGGAACCUGGUCCCUGACAGCUGACCCACUGCGUGAUCCCACUGUGAUCCCUCCCACCGCAUCGCGACGAAGCAAGCGAGACGAUACCGACAAGUCGCCAUCAGACGCACAAAAUCAACUGGGCCUCACGGACAAAAGGAGUGGCACAGGUUGCGAGGAAAUGUGA